CCAGCUCCAACUAUUGCUGGAGCAGGGCGCCCAGCCCUGAAUAUUGCUGGGGCCCGGGCACCGCAGGCCUAUAUAACCUGCCGCCCAUGCUGCUGCAGAGAGCUGUGCCCUGAGCUAGGCUGUAGGUCCCUCUGCAGUCCCACAACACAGUGACACAGCGAUGGUGGGAGAAAUGCUGUAUGGAGCUGGGUGUGGCAGGGGCUGUUUUUCAAUCCGCUGUUCUGCAGAGGGGCCAGGCUGCACCAUUGCAGGGACCAACAGCGGCAGGUGCUGCCACUCCACAGUCUGUCCUGGUGCUUCCUCCAGGGGCUAACUCAGACCAGAAGCAGUUUCCAGCCUCCCAAGAGUAACAUGAGGCAAUGUACACGUAGGAAAGUCCUGUUUGGUGUGCAAAGUUCAGAAUCCGCCCAUUUCUGAGAACAAUAAAAGGAAACUAAAUACCUCUCUUCUCUGCAGAAGCAGACAGGUCUGCUGCACAUCCAGCACAACUGCUCCUCGCUGAACUGACUUGUUCGGUGUGUCGAGAUUAUUUUAAAGAUCCAGUGUCUCUAGCUUGUGGGCACCAUUUCUGCCUAGUCUGCAUCACUCAGUGCUGGGAGGAAGUGCAGACUUCCCCUUUCCUGAGUGCAGAAAAACCUUCUCCCGGAGAAACGUCAAACCAAACAGACAGCUGAGGAAUAUUGUAGAAGCUUCCAGAACACUUACACUGGAGUCAGCAAAAGAACCAGAAGUUGGGACAAUGUGUGAAAAACACAACGAGGAUUUUAAAGUCUUCUGCCAAGAGGAUCAAACACCCAUUUGUCUGGUUUGCCACCUGUCCCGAGAUCACAGAGAACACCCCGCGGUGCCCAUAGAGGAGGCUGCCGAGGAUUACAAGGACCAAAUUCGGAGCCGUUUGGAGAGUUUGAAGAAAAACAGAGAAGCGAUUCUGUCAUUUAAACUGAGUGGGGAAAAUAAAAGCCAGGAACUGCUGAAACAGCUGGAAACUGAGAAGCAGAAGAUUGUGGCUGAAUUUCAGCAACUGCGCCAGUUUCUGGAGGAACAAGAGCGACUCCUGCUGGCCCAGCUGGAAGAGCUGAAUAAGGAAAUUGAAAAGACGGGGGCUGAGUAUGUUGCCAAACUAUCUGAGGAACUAUCCUCUUUCAGUUCCCUGAUCAGUGAGAUGGAGCAGAAGUGCCAGCAGCCAGCGAGUGAAUUCCUGCAGGACAUCAAAGGCACCUUGAGCAGAUGCGAGAGGGAGAAGUUUCAGAACCCAGUGGCCUUUUCUUCUGAACUGAAAUGUAGAAUCGAGGAAUCUUCUCAAAGAAACGCAUCUCUGGAGACCAUAGUGAAGAAAUUCAAAGACUCACUGUCGUCUAGACUGCGGUUGGACAAAGCGAACGUGACCCUGGAUCCAGACACGGCCCAUCCCCGACUCAUCCUGUCUGCGGAUCGGAGAAGUGUGAGAUGGGAACACACACGGCAGGACCUGCCUGACAACCCUGAGAGAUUUGACACUAUGUCCUGUGUGCUGGGCUGUGAGGGAUUCACCUCCGGCCAACACUACUGGGAGGUGGAGGUGGGGACGGGUGGAUUCUGUGCUGUGGGGGUGGCCAGAGAGUCUGUGAGCAGGAAGGGAGGGAUCAGCUUUAACCCUGAGCAGGGGAUCUGGGCUGUGCAGUGGUGGCAGGAUGAGUGCUGGGCUCCCACAUCCCCUGGGCAGCGCAUCCCCUUCCCCCCGAGCCGGGCGCCCCGCAGGAUCCGGGUGUAUCUGGACUAUGAACGGGGGCAGGUGGCGUGUUUCAAUGCUGGUACCGGGGACCCGAUCGCCACUUUCCCGCCGGCCUCUUUUGCCGGGGAGAGAAUCCGCCCGUUCUUCUGUGUUAGUGCUGGUGCGCGGCUCCUCUAGCCCCCACCCCCUGAUCUCUAUGGCCUGGUGGACUGCGCUGAAGGGGGGGCGACGCUCUACCCGCAGCUCUGUGGCUGUGGAGGUCUGUGUGUGGCGCUCUAGGAUCAGUCUCUGUGCUCCUGGGAGGCCAACUCUGUGUGCAGUGGGGGGGGGGGGGCCACCAAGGAAGGAGGGAGCCCCCCUGUGGGAAGGACCCUGCCGAGGGCCAGAAGAGACCCCGCAACUGGGGGAGGGGAGAG